AUGAAUUUAUCUAACUCUCCUUGGUUGCAUAAUUUGAUUUAUACUGCUUCGGAGGUGGGAAAAUCCAAAUGCCCAACUCCUUAUGAAAUCUCAAAUGUUUAUUUGGAAGCUAAAUAUAAGGAAAUGUUGGAGUGGAUAAAUGGUAUGAAAAAAAUUUGGCAAGAAAGAGGAGCAACAAUAAUGUGUGAUGGUUGGACAGACAAUAUCAACCAUACUCAUAUUAUGAAUCUCUUGGUAUAUUGUCAUAAGGGUACUGUUUUUUGGAAAUCUGUCGAUGCUUCUGAUGUUGAUAGUAGAAACACUGACUACUACUUUCAAUUUUUGGACAAAGUUGUGGAAGAAGUGGGUGAAGACUGUGUAGUUCAAGUGGUAACAGACAAUGAAGCCGCAUUAAAAGCAGCUGGUCAAAAGCUAAUGGAGAAGAGGCCACAUUUAUAUUGGUCUUCUUGUGUAGCUCAUUGUUUAGAUCUUUUCUUAGAGGAUAUAGAAAAAAAGAAAAACAUACACAAUUUAUUAAGUGAAGCAAAAAUGGUGUCAACAUUCAUCUAUAACCACACGUAUAUUGUGAGUCUCAUGAAAAAAUAUACUGGUGGUAGAGAUAUUGUUUGUCCUGGUGUUACCCGAUUUGCAACACAAUUUCUACAACUUCAAGCAAUUGUAAGACAAAAGCAAGGUCUUGAAAACAUGUUCAGUUCUGAAGAAUUUAGAAAAACAAAGUAUGGUAAAGAAAAGAAAGGACCGGGAUAUGAAGCAAGAAAAAUCGUUAUGAGUAGGGACUUUUGGAUUAAGACUAAUGACAUAUUGAAAGUAUUUGAGCCAAUUGUAAAAGUUUUGAGACUAGUUGAUGGUGAUGAGAAAACAACAACGGGAUUCAUAUAUGAAGCCAUUGAUCGAGCAAAACAAGUCAUUCAACAAAAUUCUUGUUAUUAUUCCAAAUAUAAUGAUAUCAUUGACAAGCAUUGGAAAUUCAUGCACUCUGACCUUCAUUUUGCUGGUUAUUUUCUUAAUCCACGAUUUCAAUAUGGAAUCGAACAUGGAAUAGUUGUGUAUAAAGAAAUAUUUAAUGGAACAAAAAAUGUAAUCACGAAGCUAGAAAGAAACAUAGAUAAUCAAAUCAAAGCUUUAAACCAACUAACACUUUUUAGAGAAAAGAGUGAGACAUUUGGUACGCCUAUAGCUCAAAAAUCUUGGUCUAAGAUGGAUGCAGCUCAAUGGUGGGAAUACCAUGGUUCAUGCGCUCCUGAACUUCAACGUUUGGCUAUGAAAGUUGUCAGUCAAACAACCUUUGCGACAAACUGUGAGAGGAAUUGGAGUAUAUUUAGCUAUAUCCACACAAAGACAAGAAAUAGAUUGAAGUACAAAAAAUUGCAUAAGCUUGUCUUCACACAUUACAACAUGAAAUUGAGAAUGAGAGAUAAAUUAAGAAAGAGUCAAGAAGAAAUAGAAGCAAAUUUUGAUCCGAUAAAUCUUGAUUAUAUAUUUCAAGAAGAUCCAUUAUCUCAUUGGAUAGAAGAGAGGGAAAAUCCAUUAUUGGAUGGAGUUCAAAAUGCAGAAUGGUUGCCGAUAGUUGAUACAGAUGAUGAAAAUGUUGAUGAUAAUAGUGAAUCUAAUGAAAGUGGUGGUGGUAUAAGUCCACCAAGCGGUAAUAAGGGUGAUGGAGGUGGUAAUGAAGUGGCUAAUGAAGGUUAUAAGCGUUAUAGGAACUUGAAUGAUAUGGUUCGAGCUGAUAACUCACUACUUGAGACAAGAGGAAAUGUGUCACAAUCUGGAAGAAAGGGGAAAAGAAAACAAAAUGUUCCACUUGAAGAUUCUUCCUCUUCUAGUAUUGCUAAUAGUUUUAGUGAUUUUGGGAUCGGCGAUUCUUCACAAGAUAAUCAAUAA